UCAAACGUCAACAAAAACCGGCUGAUUAGUCCACGUGAACUUACGAGAAUUUUCCACUGACCGAAUAUUUUUAUUUUGAUUCUCGCCCGAUAUCGGGUUCGUUAAGCGAUAAACCAGUUUUAUUGUAGCAGAGCAUCAUUAUCCUGCGGCGUAUUUUUAGCCGAAAGUAUUACGUGCAAUUUUGUAAUGGAGAGUAGUUCUUUUGACCGGCUUAAGGAGUUAAAUUUGUCCCGGGAUGAAGUAAACCGUAUCGGCGAGGCCCUAAAGAAGGAGGAAUUCCGGAAACUAUUAGUCGAUUACGUCGAGGAAAUCCAGAACCCGGAAAAUCGGAAAAAAUACGAGGAGGAGGUCGCACAGAUAGAGAGAGAACGAGGCCAGGAAGUCACGUUUUUACAUCCCAAUGCAGGUUAUGUAAUAAAAACCAGCCUUAAUGGAACCCAAAAAUGCUUCAUUAACAUCUGUUCAAACGACAAUAUAAAAAAGCCCUCCUCAAGUCCAUCCGUUAAAGAUGGAGCCCGAGGCCUACAAUGGUCUGUCCCUCAUUCUUUAUCACCCCCACACGAAGACAUUGACAACAAAGGGGUGAGAUGUCAGGUGUUUGAUGUCCUUUUCCAUCCAGACACCUUGCACCUGGCAAGUAACAAUAAAGAUUUCCGUGGAAUGGUGAACAAUGUGGCCUUGGAAGCACUAGAGAGUAACUUCCAUGUUUCGUUAGACAAAAAGAACCUUAAGUUCCCUAAAAUUAGUUAUAAGGGUAUGAAGAGGGCCACCAUUAUGAGGAAACCUUCCAAACAAAGACCCAGUGAAAAAACCCCAGAAGAACAGGAAAUGUUUGAUAAGAUUUUUGCAGAAAUCGACUCUCACAGGAGUCCGAAAAAAGGGAGCAGUGUCAAGAAGAGCAAACCUAAAAGAACCUCGUCUGAUGAGUCCAAGUGUAGCUAUACCACCCCGAAAUAUUCAAUUAAGCAUAGGUCCCAUAUAGAAAUGCAAGAGUUUACCGAGGAUAGACUUUGCAAACUGAAUUCAGCAAUUCCCAAGGAACUUAUCGUGGAAAUUGAUUUACCAUUGCUAAAGUGUUCCAGUGACAUGGAUUUGGAUGUUACAGAGAAAACUGUGCAACUUAUCAGCGAGAAACCUGCCAAGUAUAAAUUGAACUUGACACUUCCAUAUCAGGUCAUUGAAUCUAAUGGCACAGCAAAGUUCGAUAAAGACCUCAAAAAACUUAUCAUCACCCUGCCUGUAAACAGAAAAACCGUCUAUGAACCGGUAAAAUAUGACAGUGGGGUAGAGAGUUGUUUAGAAAGUGACCUGAACAGUCCUACAAGUCCGGAGUCUGAUGAUGAGGACUCUGAACCCAACGAAAUUGUGAUAAAAACUACUACCGAGCCAACGGCUCAGAACAGUGAUAAUUUCCUUAACGCUAGCGAUAUGUACAACCUACCGGAGUUUACUUGUAACACGUUCGAUAACGUGCUGGCGUUCACUUUAAAUGUUAAAAAUGUCGACGAUAGCACCGUUAGUAAGGAGGUGAAUAACUCAUUGGUGAAAGUCAAGUUUACUAGCAUCAGUUCCAGUUUUUAUUUGAGCUGUUACGCGUUCUACAUCAAGUUUCCCCAGCAUGAAGUCAAAAAGGAGGAUGUGACGGUGGAAACGUGGGAUAAUAACGUCAUUUUGCAGGUGCCUCUAAAAAACAGUGAAGUUCCGCUGUCUUCUUACUUCUAUGGCAUGAAUCUGGACACUCUGGAAGAAAAAUUCAUCGAAGAACCAUCAAUAUUAAACAAACUCUUACAAGAACCUGACCCCCAAUUGGAAGUGAUCAAAGAAGAUUCCGAAUUAAAAGUGAAAGAUCCUGUUGUUGAAGAAUUUAAAGAAAAAAACCAACCCAGGGGUUUUUCAGAACGUAAAAGUAAAGCCAUAGACAUCCAGGCGAUUUCGUACGAGUCCAGCGGGGAUGAACUGAGUUUCUCGCCCAGAAAAGGCAAAGGAAUCUUAAAGAGGAUGUGCAGCAGCAGAGCGAAGUUCGGCAGAAGCGUCUCAGAGUCCAGUUUGGACGAUUUCCUGUGCUCCUCCUUUGAAAACUAUCACGGGAGCAUCGAGUGCGUUCCGGAAGAUUCCAGGGAGGAUGACGAGGAAAUGUCUUCGAGCUUAAAAAAGACUGUUAGGUUUAAUGAUGUCGUCACCAAGCAGUUGUUUAGGUCGAACUCGAGUAUCCUGGGCCAAAAAAAGAAGAACCAACGGAAGGCGCGUAAUAAAAAACGCGCCCUUGAGCGUCGUUUCAGCGAGAGUGAGGCGUCGGACAAUGAGAGCAAAAAGGAGGGAGAUACACAGACUGUCGAUUCUAACCCGAAAAACGGCGUGGUGCUGGUCACGGAUGAUAAUCACAAAAAAGACGACCAUGAUAUUUUCCAUUUGGAAAUGAAUAAUUAGGAUCGACAAAUUUAGUGAGGUCAAUUAAUUAUUUAAGAGUAGGCGCACAAAUAUUCGAUUGUAGUAGAUUUGGGUAAUUUUUUUAGGUGCCGAAAGGUUUGGAAAAUAAUGUUUCCAUACAAUUAGCAUCUUAUUCCUUACUUCAUUCUGAUAUACACCUUCUAAAUGAAAUUUCCUAACCUUUCGGUACAUAUUUUCAAAAAUAUCUGUUCCAAAACAACAAAUAUUUGCUCAACUUACCCAGUGUUUUAACCCUUAUCACGCCACUUUCACCUAUUCCUAAUUGUUUUUCCUCAACUGUAUUCCUUAAGGUAUUUUUGGCAUUAGGAUAGUUUUAUGUUUUUUUUUUUUUUUUAAUUGAACUAUUAUAUGGUCCGGUUUGAAUAAGUUUGGUAUUUUGGUGCGUUCGGUUUGCGUUAUAGUACAACUAUUAAUGCCGUGGCAUACUUUAUAAAUUCUAUGUACCAGUGAAAUUAUUGUUAAAAAAUUUACACUAUAUUAUUUUUUAUUUUAUACGUGUUUUCUUAGUAUAUUAGGAUACUUUAUAAAAUUAAAUAAAGGGUGUUGAAUAUCCGCAAGUUA